AUGGAAAACAUACUGAACAGAGAGGCUUUUUGUUUAUUCUUAGGAAACUUCUCUUUACCACCAAGUUAUGAUGUAGUCAUUGGUAUCUUAUCAGCAAGGGGUAAUACUGAGCAGCGCCAAGCACUCAGAGAAACAUGGGUUGGACAUGCCCUACAACACCCCUCCCUGGGGCAAAGGUACAUCAUCAUGUAUAUUUGGGUUUGUUUUCAUCUCUGUCUAUGCUCUAUAUAUCUGUAAUAUUUGUUUUCUUGAUAAUAAGUGUUUGAUAUUUCAAAUGGCCUACUGGUAUAUGCACAGUUAAUAGCUGUAUGAUUGGAAAAUUCUGUAAACAGUGUCUUUAUGUAAUGGUUAAUUUUAUAAAAAUGCAGUUACAAUGCCUAGUAAUCCUGUGUGUACAUGUUUGUCAUAAUCUUUACAGUUUUCCUUUAAAUGCUCCACAGGAUAUUGAUCAAGUUCAUAGUUGGCAGUCAGCCAUGUCCCAUACCAGCAUUAGACAGGCUUGAUCAGUAUUCCUGUGAACCAGACGUUGUUGUUGACCCAGGUAUUUCAAUCCUUUCAUACUUUUCUUCUUUGAUAUUACUAUCAAUACAUAAUAUCAAUGUUUAACCUUAAUUGUGGGAGUUUAAAACUAAUCACCAGCAGAUUAGAAGGAAAAUAUAACUUUUUUUGUAACUGCUAAUUGCGGCCUAACUUUUUCUCACUCUUAAAUUAGACAUAAGUUCUUUACAUGUUAAUAAUUAAAAAUGGAUAAAACCUAUCACCUUUGUUCUUAUGAGCUGGGUGCAUUGAAGACUUUCAGUUCAAAAUGUACUUUUACAUAUUGGAGGUGGUUUCAUUGAAUAAAGGGGGUAAGUUUCUAAAGGAACUGUGGUGCUACAUGGUUUGGGGGUAAUACAAGAUAAUUUGGUUUUAUCAGCUGUGUUGCUGUGUUGCUUGGAAUUUUAGCUUACAAACCCUUUGUGGUAGCCAAUUAACAUCAUCAACUCAGUUGUUAAUAUUAAUUGAAAACUUUUUUUCAGUACUGCAGCAAGACAUCAUAGCUUACAUGGUUCCUGAAGGAGCAGUUGGAUAUCACUAUCACAAUGGCCCCUUGGGUAUGGACUUCAGGGUAAGUGAUUUGAGUAGCUAUCAGAUAGAAGCUCCAGCAGGCAUUCUGAAGGAUAACUCUUUGUGGGGAGUGCUAACUACAAGUGGGAAGGUGGUGGACCAGACACUUAACACUUGGAUAAGGAACUUAUUUCCUCUGCAAUGCCUCUCUUCCUUCAUAAUAAAAAUAGCAGUGUAGGCUAGCUGUUGCUUAACUGUUGUAGAAAUCUUAUAAUGUAUUUUGCAGGUAAAAUGUAAGCAAUUGACUUUUCAUUUUGUGGGCAAAGCAGUUAUCUCAGUUGCUUUAUGCCAUAGCAGUUAGGAUAAGCUUUGGCAAAUUGUACACAGUUAGUUGCUUGUCAGUAUAAACUUCCAUUAAGAAUUUCCCGAUUGUUUGUUUCAAUGAUUUGUACAAGACUGAAUCCUGUAAAUGCUUGGCCAUCUACACCGAACAGUUGUCUCACUUGUUAACUAGAUAUAUGAUUUAUUUCCUUGAAGGUGAAUUUUCCUAUAAUUGUCACUCAGCUUGGAGUAUUUGACAGCAAUUCAGAUGGAAUUAAAAGUCAGCUGACAGUUCGUCUUUACGACAAAGUCUCACAGGUAGGGGGUUAACCCUUUAAACUCUAUGUCUGACUAGCAUCUAAUUUCUCCUUACAAUAUCAACCCUGAAUCACACAUGAAAGUCAGAGAAUAAGGGAAAUGAUCAUUUACUAAAGAGGCUCUUGAUUGUUCAACAAACUCUUCUUGUCAGUAUCGUGGGAUUGAUUUGAUUGUUGAUCAGUAUACUUGUCUCAUUUUAAGGAUUACAUUCUGUCCAUGGCAGAUAUGUUCUUCUGUAAAUGUCUCUUCAAAUAGUUUUUUUUCCUCUAUAAAGAGCAUUUCACGACUUAGAAUGAAUGUAAUAUUUUUUAUUGGCAGGCGGAAGUACUGAGUGUGAACUUUACCCAAGAUGAACCUGGAGAGUUGAUUGGUGGAAGUAGAUUUAAACCUGUUGACCAGUUUCUCUUGCCAAAGGUUGAACAUGCUAUGCAUUUUUACAAAUCUUUGUGCAUAUAAGUUUACUCACAGUCAGUAACUGAUAAAAAGUAACAAUCUUACAGGUUCAGAGGUGAUAUGUAUGCCCUUUACGUUGAAGAUCACUGAUCCAUUGCACAAUCCAACCUUACUGAGGGGGGGGGAGAGAACUUGUGUCCCAAUUACUUUGGCAAACGAUUGUAACUAUAGAAAAGAAAAAAAAUACAUCACAGUACGAUUUCACGCAUGUAGUUAUCUGCUGAAAUCAGCCAAGGAAGCCACUUUAAGCACAGCAUCCAUUGCGUUACAUUAUUACCUUAGUUGUUCGGCUUGUUUAACUUAUCUCCACUGGAAUUCUUUUGAACAACAAUUAAGCAUUGGAAUUUUGUGUUUUACAAAUGUAGAGCGGCUUUUUAUCAAUAUAUAUUUUCAGGGAUUUGAAGGUUCCAUCGUUGGAGAGAACUUCAGUUUGUCUGAUCCCAGCAGUAACAACCCUUUGGUACAUGGUGGAUUUGACAGUGGUGGAGGUUUGAUUUCAUUUCACGGUGUAAGUGACAAUUAAAGGCAGUAAAACAAAUAGACUCCGAGCAGUCCCUCCUUUUCGGCGAAUUCCGUCACAUUAGUCCAAAAUUUAAACUAAUUUUUAAUUAGGUGUUGAAAGUAUGAUUCCAGUUUUCUGGUUUUGUUUUAGGUGAGUCGCUUUGGAGUGAAGCAAAGCGUUUUCCCAGAAUUUGAAGAAAAAUUCUUUGAAGAGGACAACCAAUAUGGUGCUGGAUCAUUUAUGUAUCGCGCUUAUGGUAAGGUCACUUUUAGAUGCUACAACUUAAAUAUGAUAAUUGCGAAGAAUAACUCCCUGAAACAACUUGUCGGCGAAAAUUUUAGUAAUGGUCAACUGGUAACUUGUCUGGAGGCUCACGGUUAUGUGUCGUAUGUCAAUUGCCUGUCGGCCGACAGUUGGCCGACGGUUGGUAGAGGGAAGCUUUUGUCCACAUAUUACCGGUUACAUGAACACCUUUUCUCGCAGAGGUGAUGAUCACUGGUGGGUAAAAAAUAAUUAGACGGUCUCUGGAGUAAUUACUUUUCCUCUGAGAUGCAUAAGCCGAGACUCAAACUAACUCUUUGUGAUUUGUGGUAUGACGUUACGUCCUCAAGCGGUGAACUUUUCAGUUGUAGAUGACGAAUUUACGAAGGAAACGAUGGAGGAAAGGAAGAGAGAAAGGACUGAAAGAACGAAAAUGUGGCAUAAAGUUUUGUUGCGGGAAGAAAAAGAAUUGGAACGAGAGAUGCAGCUUUAUGAUGAUAUUUUGAUGGUGGACGUUGUAGAUGUUUACCGCAACCUUCCAAUGAAAUUACUUAAAUUUUAUUCUUGGUGAGAAUUGUUUUUGCCCUUUUGAAUUAAUUUGUGUUGCCAACGCUUACGUUAUUCGCUCGUUUGUUCGCUCCACGCUCGAUCAUUAGUUUUUCAUCCCUGUGUUUUCUCUUGGUAAUUUUCUGUUACUUCAGUCACUUGCUGCUUUGCUUUCUUGUACCUCUCCACUGCUCACCUUUGCCUCUGCGUCUUCGCUUUUCUGUCUCUCCACCGUCUUUUGUCCCAAUCGUUUCCCCCAACCACCUUUGUUAAAUUUUGUUUUUCUCUUCAUAUACCCCUCUGGUAUUUAUGAUUGCGUCCUGGUGUCUUCUUGGUAAAAUGUUCUGCUUUUCUGUUUACUCAGGGUUGCACUGAAUAUGAAGUUUAACUUCACUCUCAAAACCGACGAUGACUGCUUUGUGCACUUAGAAUCAAUUGUCGAGGUAAAAGUGGGCUUUAAGCUCAGUUGCAAUCGUGUUUUCUAUCAUAUGCCGGUUGCUUAUUUUCCUCGCGUACUCUGUUCAGCUUUUUCUUGAUUUGUUGUUCCAGGGACUCAAUGAUAGAAAGUUGCGAGGGAAAGAGCGCACUUGGUGGAGCAGGUAUUUAGCUGUGACUUAUACUGGAAUAUCUUAUUUAACUUAAUUCAGUCGAUACGGAUUGUGGAUGUACAGUUAGAGCUGCUAUUGAGGUGAUAAGUACUUAGUGAACUUCGGGCAAGGGCCAGGCCAUUGGUUGCUUAUUUGCGGUUUACGCAACCAAGGGAACUUACAACGUAAAGGGUGGAAAGUAAUUUCAUCGCACGUUCUCAGUUUAUUUCAUGACAGAGAGUUUUCGGUGUUUGCCACUGUAAACCCUAUUCGUCUCCCAACAGGUUUCGCACUGCUUGGCCAGUGGAGCGCGUAGGAAAAUGGCGGGAACUUGACUACACCGCUCCUGUGUACCCUUCAUUCGCCUGUGGCGCUGGUAAUAUGUUGUCUGCUGACCUAGUGAGAUGGCUGGCGUUGAACGCCGACAACCUUAAACCAUACCAGGUAGUGAUGCGCCUCAUUAAUAUACUACCCAAGGGGCCCCGGGGAAUAAUCUCUCCGCAAAAUGAAAUUUUCAAUCAAGCAUCGAAAGUAAACCAAUUCUGCAGAAGGUUUUUUUCGCUUUGCUACGUGAAUGAUCUUGAAAACUUUCUUCAUUCUCUGAACCAUCACCCUCAAAACUAAAUCUCGACUUGGUCACUGCGAUUUUGCGCGCUUGGAGCCGUUUGCAAAUCAUUUAAUCCAAGUUCUUCAUAGCUUCUAUAUGAUAUCCAUCUUUGUCCUUAUUGGCUGUGGCGAUCACUUUCGCUUCUAGUUUCCGGAACUCAAUCCAAAAGCGCUUUACACCACUGAGUGUAAGCAAUUCUACUCAUUUCCUCUGCAGGGUGAAGAUGUUUCUGUUGGAAUUUGGCUUUCGGCGUUGGGACCAAACUUAGUCAAUGUAAGUCAGCUUGUUUUCUUAUUUUAUAUUAUUUUUCACAAGGAUCAUGAUCAAGCUUGUUUUCUUUUUGCGGUUAUGUCUGUAUUAUGUCAUGAGUUCAAUCUUGAAUGCAGUUGAACUGCCUCGAUAGAAAAAAAAUAAUACAGGCUAGGUACUUGAAUCCUUGCCGCUUGUCAGAUUUGACGGCUGAUGCUACAUGUGGACUUUUCUUUGAAGGAUUACCGCUGGUCAUGUGGACGCGAGUGUGAUACGGGAACUUUCACUUCCCCUGAAAAUGAACCCGAGGAACUGCGAGAGAUGUGGGCUGAUCUACAGGCAUGUGGGGAUCCCUGUGGCUGUUCCUAGAUCACAAAGUUUAUUGAACUUCAGAGGUGAUUGUUUUUUAAGUGCAUGGUUUCCUUUUAACUAAAAGGCAACCUCAAGAACUUUGGGACAUCCCAUGAAACCCCUGGCUCUUGAAAUUACUCGAAUAAUGAAGGUUAUAACUAAUUAACUCACUGAAUAAGUUACUUUAUUUGUAGCUUUCUCUGGGAGCUAAAUGUUACUUUACAACAAUUAGAAUAUUUGUACCAAAAAGAUUGGAAAUUUUUUAAAAACUUGUGUUGAAACAACUUUUAUACUACAUUUUUACCAAGGG